AUGGUCUUUAUAGAUAUAGAUAAACCCACGAUCGAGCUGGUCGCAGCGCCGGGCCCAGGUGACGCUCCACCCGCUCCAGAGGCCGUUGUGAUCACUGGCAUGUCGGGACUACUGCCCGACUGCCUCAACGUCCAAGAGUUCGCUGAGAAGCUGUAUAAUAAGGAGAACCUAGUGAAAAAUUACAAACCUCGCUGGGACUUCGAACACCCGGAGUUGCGCGAGUACUACGGCCGCAUCCCAGGCUUAGAUCGGUUCGAUGCCCAGUUCUUCAUGGUGCACUUCCGCUUGGGCAACACGCUCGACGCCAUGGCGAGAAAAGUGCUGGAGCAUACUUACCAGGCCAUUUUUGACGCUGGAAUAAGUCCUGCAGAACUAAGCACACAGCGCGUGGGGGUGUAUAUCGGCGUCGGAGCCAAUGAAUCAGAGAAAGGCUGCGCGUAUGGUGAAAUUGGCUUGGGAAUUUUAGGGUGCAACCGCGCGAUGAUUGCCAACCGCGUCUCAUACUGGUUGAAUGGAAAAGGCCCGUCAAUAGUAAUGGAUUCAUCUUGCCUUAGCUCUCUGUCGGUGUUUGAGAAGGCAUACAAUGAUAUAUCAACCGGCGUUUGUGAUGCGGCUAUCGUCGGGGCCAGCAAAGUACUAUUGCAUCCGCACUCUUUGAUCCAUUACCAAAGAAUGGUGCCCAAUAACGAAGACGGGAAAGUGAAGUGUUAUAGCGACAAUGCCGAUGGACAAUCGUGCUCUGAAGCUAUAAAUAUUUUCAUUUUACAAAAAUAUAAAGAUAGCAAAAGAGUUUAUGCUUCGCUUUGUCAUGCUAAAACUAAAUAUGGUGUCGUGGAUAACAAGGAUUUCAUGAACAAAUUCGGCUUUGAAAGAGAUCCCAAAGCCCUUGCAAAAUUUCUUCGAGAAUUCUACACAGAGGCUGGGGUUCCGCCAUCUUUAGUAGAAUAUGUAGAAGGAUUCGGAGCAGCCGUACCCGAAGCUGACAAAUCGGAGUUGCAGGCGAUAGAAGAAGUAUUUUGUAAGGAUCGCUCGAACCCCUUGCUAGUGGGCAGUGUGAUGUCCAACAUUGGUUACACGGAAGCCGCGUCUGGUUCAGCAGCUAUUUUAAAAGUAUUAUUGGCAUAUCAAAGAGGCGAGUUGGCAGCAAACCUGCACUGCGACACUCCGCGAAAAGACAUAGAAGCGCUACGAGAUGGUCGCAUACGCAUCCCGGCUGAAAAUCAUCAGUUCCGGCGGACCUACGCCGCUGUCAACGGUAUGUCUGCUACAGGGCUUAACGGGCAUGCCCUGCUUGCAGGACAUUACAAACCCAAGGAUCUUUCCCGUUAUCAAUCAGAUAUUCCAUAUUUGGUCACUAUGUCAGGCCGCAUAGAAUCUGCUGUACAAAAAUUAAUUGAUCAUUUCAAAACACAUACCGUGGAUGCUGAAGAAAUUGCAUUGUUACAUAAUAUUCACAAAUACCGUAUUAAUGGACACUUAGCAAGGGGAUUUGGAAUAUUUUCCACAAAUGCCAACAACGAAACAGUAGCCCACCGUGAAAAAGCAGACUACUAUGACGACGCACAGCGGCCACUGUGGUUCGUGUACAGCGGCAUGGGAUCGCAGUGGGUUGGCAUGGGCACACAGCUUAUGCGUGUACCGGUCUUCGCAGCUGCUAUUGAACGCUGCCGAAAAGUGCUCGAACCUAAAGGCGUAGAUAUUAUACAUAUUCUAACGUCUCCCGAAAAAGACAUCUAUGAGAAUAUCCUACAUUCGUUCGUUGGGAUUGCUGCCGUUCAAAUAGGCCUUACCGAUGUUUUGACUUCCAUUGGCCUAGUUCCCGACAAAAUAAUAGGACAUAGUGUCGGAGAAUUGGGGUGCGCCUAUGCUGACGGUUGUCUAACAGCGGAAGAGAUGAUAUUAGCCGCGUAUUAUAGAGGACGUGUGUCUCUGGAAACGUCUCUGAUCGUGGGCUCUAUGGCUGCUGUUGGACUUGGUUAUGAAAAGAUUUUAGCCAUGUUACCGCCAGAAAUAGAAGUGGCGUGCCACAAUGGACCCGAGUCUAGUACCAUCUCAGGACCUGCCAUCGUUAUGCGCGAAUUUGUUGCUCAAUUAACAGCCAAAGGAAUUUUUGCGAAGGAAGUGCCAUGUUCUAACAUCGCGUAUCAUUCGCGAUACAUUGCUAAAGCAGGGCCUGGGCUUUUACAUUAUCUGAGUGAGACCAUAAAAAGCCCUAAACAUCGAAGUCAACGUUGGAUUUCCACGUCUGUACCACAAAAAAGAUGGCAUGAGGACACUGCCAAGUAUUCCUCGGCGGAAUAUCACACGAACAACUUACUGAAUCCAGUGUUAUUUGAAGAGACUGCUCGGUUAAUACCAAGCAAUGCUGUGGUAGUGGAAAUUGCACCUCACGGACUUUUACAAGCCAUCCUCAAGAGAUCUUUACCGGUCAGCUGUAAACAUGUACCUCUGGCGCAACGAGGACAUUCGGACAAUGUUUUGUUUCUUCUUGAAGCUAUCGGAAAUUUGUACAUGAACGGUUAUGACGCCAACAUUGCGGCUUUAUAUCCUCAAGUAGAAUUUCCUGUGUCGACAGAAACUCCCUCUCUAUCUCAUUUAGUAGAAUGGGUAUAUGCUGAUCAUUGGUGUAAUAGCAUCGUAAUGGAAACAAUAACGUUCACGGAUAAGCCAUAUCUCAUGAGACAGACUGCUGAACUUAAAGCAUUACAGUUCUUUCCAUUCUUUCUGCAAGAAGAUACUGAUGCUACAUGCUCUCAUUUACCACCUCAAAAUAAACUCCUUGUUCUCGCAUCUAAUCCUCCACCAUUAGGUAUGAAAGAAAUAAUAAAACAGCAGAAGAAACUUUACAAUCGCAAUAUUAAUGUAGCUAUUGUCAACCAUAAAGAUACAGUAUUAUCCGAUCCAGAAUUAGAUAAUUUGCCCAACUUCGACUUGACCUACAAUAUUUUAAACCAUGGUCAAUGGGGCGGAGAAUACUACAUUCCUUUGCCAAAAAAUGUGACUCCUAAGCAGACGGUAGCAUUGCGAAGUACAAAAAUCGGCAAGCUGGAUUCUUUAAAUUGGGUGGAAGUACCUGAAGUUAGAGAAGGAGUAUCAGUCAAGGUGCACUAUGCAGCAGUUAACACUUAUGAUGUCAAAAGAGCUCGAGCCGAGAUUCCUGUCGGUGAUGAGAAUGAUGGAUAUGGACUUGACUACAGUGGAAUAACGGAUGGUGGAGAACGUGUGUUUGGGAUUGUUCUGGAUGGAUCCAUAUGCAAUCAGGUGACCGCUCAGCCGGAAUUGUUAUGGCCGGUACCAGAUCACUGGGAUCUAGAAGACGCAGCUACAGUUCCAUUGCCUUAUUUGCAAGCGUUUUAUUGCCUUGUGAGUAUUUUCAUAAGGAUAAAAACGGAAAUACGCGAAGGAAUGCGGGUGUUGAUACACGGCGGCGCAGGCGCACUUGGUCAGGCAGCUAUUUCAAUAGCUCUAGCCAAGCGUUGUGAGGUCUUCGCGACCGUAAGCGAUGUCGGCAAAAAGAAGUUUUUGCAACAACUGUUCCCGGAGCUUAAAGCAAGUCAUAUCGGAAAUUCUCGGGAUGGAACUUUCUCUGAUAUGAUUUUAAAUGCGACUGGUGGAAAAGGAUGUCAUAUCGUUAUUAGUAAUUUAAAGGGGCAGCUCAAAAAUGAAUCGCUAAGUUGCUGCAAAUCUUUCGGGACAACUCUUGAUACCGUUCAAAUACACACAAGAGAUAACUUUACUUACGGGAUGUACAAUAUGACAAAAGCAAGAUCAUACGUGCCGGUAGAUUUUAUGGAAAUCUUUAAAAGCCGUAAUCUGGACCAAUUAAAGGAACUACAUUUAAUGGUGGUCAAAGGCAUAUCGGAAGGAUAUGUCCGUCCGCUUACUCGAGUUACAUAUUCACCUCAAGAAGUAUCACGCGCCUUCAGACUGCUAGCGGCAAGCAAUCAUCGCGGCAGGGUGCUGAUCCAAUUUGCUGACGAAGAUGUUCCUGUUACAUUACUAGCGCAACCUAGGCUUAUUUGCUCACAUGACCACCAGCAGUUGCUAAUCAGCGAUGAAGACGUGCUGUGCUUGCAUUUAGCGGACCGACUAAUCAGGCGUGGAGCGAAAAAGCUGCGCUUGUAUCUACCACGACCUUCGGGUUACGUCAAUCUUAAACAAAUUAUAUGGCGCGAGCAAGGUAUACAUGUUGACACUGUGUUUAAUGAUAUUUGGAGAAAGGAGGAAUUGACUAAUUUCUUGCAAGACAGCAAUGAAAUUGGAGCAGUUGAGUCUCUGUUCUUUAUAACAAAUAGUGACCAAUCAACAGCGAAGAUAUCUGCGAUUGAAUCUUUAGAUGCGGUGUCCAGAGGAUUAUUUCCUUUAAUGAGACAUUUUACAGUAAUAAGUGAACAUCACCAUUUUGCGAGAGAAAUAUGUGAAGAUCGAACAUUUUAUGGGCUCCCAUCACUAUCUUUACAGCUAAAAAAUAUGGAUCAGUUUGAUGAAAUUGGAUACCCAAGUCAUGUGAUUGAGGGUGACUUUAAACUAAAAGUGCAAGUUGCCGUAGAAAUUAUUGAAAAAGCUCUUUGUAGUAAAUAUCCUGUUGUUUGUGGUUAUGCACAAAAUGGACCACAAUGUACUUUACUCGAACAAGUUGCUCUUUUACCAGGUAAUAUUUGA